CGCCAAUGGAGGUGUAGCGCCCUCUGUCUGCAGAGGAACGGUGGGUUUUCUGGACGUUUUGUGUCGAAAUAAAAUCCCAGAUGAAGAUUCCCAAAAGGCGGAAAAGGAGCGGACGGUGCGCCAGAUAAAUGGCUCUUUUAAGUUGGGAGCAGCUCGAGUUCUGUCAGGCUGGCAGAUGCAGUGUUUAGUCCCGAGUCUGCAGGACAACGCCAACAUGAACGGGACUUCGGAGCAGGCCGACAUCCUGCCGCCAAACUGCAUGGUCAAAGACCGCUGGAAGGUGCUAAAGAAAAUUGGUGGUGGUGGGUUUGGGGAGAUAUACGAGGCCUUGGACCUACUGACACGGGAGAAUGUGGCGCUGAAGGUGGAGUCUGCCCAGCAGCCCAAACAGGUGCUGAAAAUGGAGGUGGCCGUGUUGAAGAAGCUGCAGGGUAAAAAUCAUGUCUGUAAGUUUAUUGGCUGUGGAAGAAACGACAAAUUCAACUACGUGGUGAUGCAGCUGCAGGGUCGAAACCUAGCCGACCUGCGAAGGAGUCAGCCUCGAGGAACCUUCACCAUGAGCACCACGCUGAGGUUGGGGAAGCAGAUCCUGGAGUCCAUCGAGGCCAUUCACUCAGUCGGCUUUCUGCACCGUGACAUCAAACCGUCCAAUUUUGCCAUGGGUCGACUUCCCUCCACCUACAGGAAGUGCUACAUGUUGGACUUUGGUCUUGCACGGCAGUACACCAACACAACUGGAGAGGUUCGACCGCCCCGGACGGUGGCAGGUUUCAGAGGAACGGUCCGCUACGCUUCAGUCAACGCCCACAAAAAUAAGGAAAUGGGUCGUCAUGACGACCUGUGGUCACUUUUUUAUAUGCUUGUGGAGUUUGCCGUAGGACAGCUGCCGUGGAGAAAAAUUAAGGACAAGGAACAAGUUGGUCAGAUUAAGGAGCGUUACGACCAUCGAAUGCUGCUAAAACACAUGCCUUCAGAGUUUAAUGUGUUCUUGGACCAUGUUCUGGCCCUGGACUAUUACACUAAACCAGACUACCAGCUGUUGAUGUCAGUGUUCGAAAACAGCAUGAAGGAGCGAAUCAUCACUGAGAACGAGCCCUUUGACUGGGAGAAAGGAGGCGGUGAUGUCACCUUGUCCACCAGCACCUCCACCCAACCACAGCACAACACCCGACCCACUGCUGCCAUGGUGGGGGCUAUUGUCACACCUGUUCCAGGAGAUCAUCAGCGGGAGAACACUGACGAUGUUCUACAGGACGAACAUCUCAGUGAUCAGGAGAACGCACCUCCAGCCCCUCCAACUCGAACCCCUGGGGACGUGGGUGUACAGCACGCAGUGGAGUCGGGCGAGGCCUGGGAGGACACAGACUUCAACCGCAACAGACUCAGAAUCAGCCUGAACAAGGGGGCUCAGGAAGAGGAGACAGGACGGGCGACGUGUCCAGUGUCACCAGUUAGAGGUGGAGCUCCGGAGUCACCAACGGCUCAAGGUCGGUCCUUACGGUACCGUCGGGUCAACAGCCCUGAAUCUGACCGCCUGUCUGCUGCUGAAGGCCGUGUUGAUGCUUACGGACAGAGGUCUAGGAUGGACAUGCUUGGAUCACCAUCUCGUCACGUUUACUCCUCCCAGCCAGCUCAGAUGUUGUCCAUCGACCCUGCAUGUAGGGGUGACCGUCAGGUCAGCGGUCGUCAGGAGGUCUCUGUGGCGUCUGUGGACCAGGAAGCCCACAGCAACGCCUUCAUUCGCUCGGUUCCGUUGGCUGAAGAAGAGGACUUUGACAGCAAAGAGUGGGUGAUCAUCGACAAAGAGACUGAGUUACGAGACUUUCAGCCAACCACGUCAGGGACAACUGACGAGGAACCAGAGGAGCUCCGACCCAUCGAGGAGCAGGAGGAGAGAAGAAGGCUACGGGUGGGAGCAGGGGGCGAGUUGGUGGUUCGUCCAAAAACGCACGCUCGGGAAAGCAGUAGAGGGAUGAUAACGCUAGCAGAGGAGGAGGCAUCGAGAAGGAGCGGCGGAAGCCCUGCCCAGUCGCCUUGUCAUUCUCUGCCGUCAGGACGUCCACGCCGGAGAGAGUCGGAGCCGAUUGGACCUCAGAGACCGGAGUUAUCACCUGAGGACCGUAGCGCUCCAUCUCCAGCCUCUCCAGACUACAGAACAAAGGGCCAGAGUGACGAAAAGGAGCUUUUCCACAUCCUGCCUCAACUCCAGGCCAAGAGAGCGGACUUCCUCACCGUCAUGUUGACCGGCCCUUUGCCUCAGCGCAGGAGUCUGGCCACGCCUGAUGAGGAAAUCCCUGAGCCUCCAGGCCCAAAGGAUGAUGAUGUCACUAAGAGUGAGUCCAACAGUGACGGCAGUCAGAAAAGCACCGAGCGCAGCCAGGAAGCGGCUCCCUCCACGCUCAUGGCAGAAGACCAGAGGGCGCCACGGGAGCACCCCUCUGCAGCUGAUGCAGACCCGGACAUGGAGGAUGCUUCAAAAACUCUUGUCCUUUUCUCCCCCGGGGACACUCGUAAGUCUCCCUCUGGUGGUGAGCACGGACUGGAGGGUGAGUUGGCCACACCCACUGCCCUGUCCUACCGUACUGACCGUCUCCUGGUUGGAGAGUUAGUCCAACCUGAACCGUCUGAGACUGGCCGCUUGUCUCCAGCACUCAGGUCAGACCUGAGGCCGUCUACGCCAGUUGCUCCUGCAUCACCGCCCUUCACCAAGGUUGAGCGCACUUUCAUCCACAUUGCUGAGACAUCACAUCUCAAUGUCAUGUCUUCUAAUGGCCACUCUGCCAAGGACAGUGACCGGGAUGUCUUAGGCAUCGUGAAAGAUUUACCAGUGGAGGACAACACCUCUGAGCCUGAGGGAACUCCUGUGAAGGAGGACCUUCCAGAGGUACCAGACCAAACUCCUUCAGUUGACAAACAGUUGAAAACUGAAAGUGGUCUGUCAACUGUAUUGCCCGAGUCGUUGGACCCGGUCUUGAAGGCAAUGUCUCCAGUUCAUGAAAAUAAAGAUCUCAUACAGGAACGUAGGGACGACGGUGCCAAACCUCUGACCCCUGUUAGAGAACGGCCGACUGUGACAAAGGCCAGAAUUAGAAGCCGUAUCCCAGUUCUUAUUUCUGAAGAGGAAUCGGGUUCUGAACAGUCUGCGUCCCUCUCAGCUCGGACUCGUCUUCACCAGCGAGCCAAGCAACUGGACUUGACCCGUCUUCUGGUGCAGAAGCAACAGGGUCUUUGGAUAAGAAGGAGAAUGCUGUCAGGAACCUCAUCGUCAUUGUCUUCUGGGGACGAUGAACGUCCUAGAGUUUCAGAAACACUUUCCACCACCGGCUCAGAGGAGGACACACACACCUCCGAUGAGUCAAAGAGAAGUGUCCGUUACAGGACAGCUGAAGGACAGGGUUCCAAGGAAAGUCGAAGUAGGAUUCCCAGGCCUGUCGCCCCCGUGAAUAGGUCUUUAGGAGGUCUCGCUGCUCUUUCUCCGUCUCCUCUCUCUCUACCAGACUCCAGCAGUACCAAAGGAGCACCACCAUACGCCAACGGGAAUCAGAAAAUUGGACUCAGCACUUUCAGUACCCAGUGUAAAUCAAAACCUCCGUUACCCCGCUCCUCCUCAUCUUGUCCCCGCCCUUCUGCCUCCUGUCCCCGUCCCUCUGCUGCUCCUGCCACAUCUGGCAGCCCUCGAAUGCCCCUGCGAGCCCUGUUUGGUACCCGGCGCAGCCUUAGCUCUGCCCACUGCAGGACUGAUAGCCCUUCCCCACAGAGAGCCGGUCCAUCCAGGCAGCCCCUCUCAGUUCGAGCCCCUACUGUCCCCAUGCUACCGCCCAGGACUACAACAACAAUGCGGCGCAGUGCUUCGCAGGACCCCGCUGCACAGUCCUCCUCUGGUACCGCAUCAGGGAAGAGCCGGCCAAAAGCAGCUGGGCCGACCAGGGGUAAGGCAAAUGCCAGGGAGAAGUCGGUGACCGCUAGAUAAUACAAAGAAACUCCUGACUGAGACGUGUUUGUUUGUGCAUAAUCAGCCAUUAAACAAGCCACGGCUCAAGGGUUCACACUUGGUUCCAUAUCAGACUGUGCUGUUCUAGUGGCCUCCUUUUAAUCAGUAAACAUCCAAGAACCUCUUAAUUUUCCCCGGGACAGCAGACUCAUUUGUCUUCAUGGUCUUCCAGUAUUCUUGACUGACUCCAGCAGGAGCACGGGUGCCACGGUGCUAUGGAUACAUCUGCUCCACCCAGGACUAUCCCUGAUGUAACUGAUCCCAGCAGGUGAGAAUAGUGGCCUCCCAUCAAGUCCACUUUCACUGACUAUAAUGUUCCGCAGUACCAUCAACAAGGCUGUCCAAGGCUUUACUGAUCCUCAGCUGACAGUACCCUGCUUGGUUCCAAUUGCAUGGUAAGGCAUAUAGCAAAUGGAGGAAAUCUGAAGAGGGAAAGCUGUGUUUACCUUAAAAUAUUGUUCUGCCCUUCAUAUUGGCCAAAAAAUUGUAAUUGAACUGUCUUGAAUACCCAAACUAUCUAUAUUAUUAUAUUACGAAAUCCCUUACAAUACUCUACUGUGGAAAAAGAGAAGAGUGUAAAGUGAAGACAAAACAAUUAGCUUGGCUGCUAGCGCCUUCUUAUGGUGUAACGCUGGGCAUGUUUUAUUCCGCCUAUUUUCUCUGUGUCUUUAUUUUAUCUAUACGCCCUAAAUUGUACAGUAUAUUAUAGAAUUGUUUGCCAUGAAGACAUCUUUAUUUUUAUCUUGCGAAGCAGAGUGUACAUUUUAAGCCUUUCAACAUUACAUUCUAAUGUGUUGGCGCUGUCAUUUUUUUUAACGCAUGAGAAAAACAGGGUCUACCGUGUGAGGGCCACAUUAUACCCGCUUGAAUUCUGCUGACGCUGCAAAGGUCUGCUCGUUAUCAGAGCCCUUGUUGUGUUUGUGAAGGGGUUGGUGGGCACUGAACUGUGAAGUAAAGUUUCAAUCACG